AUGAACAUUCUCGACACACUCUUCGGACGCUCGAUGACGCCGGCCGAGCGGCUGCGACAACACCAGCGCAGCCUGCAGAAAGCACAACGCGAGCUUGAGCGGGAGCGCUCCAAGCUCGAGCAGCAGGAGAAGAAGACGAUGGCGGACAUCAAAAAGAACGCCAAGGCUGGUAACAUGAACGCCUGCAAGAUCCUCGCCAAGGACCUGGUCCGCACGCGGCGGUACAUGCAGAAAUUCACGCAGAUGCGGGUACAGCUUCAAGCCGUGUCCCUGCGGAUGCAAACCCUCCGUUCGAAUGAGCAGAUGGCGAGCGCGAUGAAGGGAGCCACCCGCGCUAUGGGCCAGAUGAACCGUUCCCUCAACCUUCCUCAAAUCCAGCGGAUCAUGAACGAGUUUGAGAAGGAGAGUGCGACAAUGGACAUGAAGGAAGAGAUGAUGAGUGAUGCGGUCGACGACGCCAUGGAGGACGAGGACGAGGGCGAGGGAGAGGAGGUCGAGAGCGACAAGAUCCUCAAGGAGGUGCUCGACGAGAUUGGCAUGAACAUGAGCGACUCUCUCGCGAACGCGCCGACGGCCAACCCGACGGUCAAUGAGCCGAUGCUUAGCUCCCGCGUUGCCGUCGCCGAGGGCGGAGGCGCACCCACCCCACCCCAGGGCGGUGGGAACGAGGAGGACGACCUCCAGCGCCGUCUUGACAUGUUGAGGCGCGAUUAG